AUGCAUCAUCUCGGCGUUUCUUUUCUAUUGACGACGCUCCUCUAUGCAAUUGGCACCAUUGCCAGCCAAGAUCCCGGCGAUGUGUCUGUUUUGAUUAAAGAGGCCGCGCGCGCCAACAAUCAGUCGCUGCUAUGGGGUCCCUACAAACCCAACCUCUACUUCGGGGUGCGCCCUCGGAUCGCCAAAAGUCUUUCGGCUGGAUUGAUGUGGGCGAAGGUGGACUACUUCGCUAAUGCGCAAGAUAACUUUAGACAUACUUGCGAGCAAAAUGAAGGCAUGGCUGGAUAUGGCUGGGAUGAGUAUGAUAUCCGCAAGGGUGGACGGCAGACCAUCCACGACGCCGGCAAUACCCUGGACCUGACCAUUGACUUCAUCAAGGUCCCUGGUGGCCAGCAUGGCGGUAGCUGGGGCUUCCGAGUGAAGGGCGUGCCCCGGGAUGAUGGAAAGGCAGAUCAACCAGUCACGAUGAUCUUCUACACUGCUUUGGAAGGGCUGGGCAACCUGGGUGUUAAGACCGACAGCGAUAAAGUUUCGGGCUUUAAAGGUGACGUGAAGCUCCAGGGUUACUCUUCCGAGCUGGGUGAUUUCUCUAUCGAUGUCACUGCUGGCCCCGAAAGUAACCAGCACCCCGAGUCUUACCACCCCGCCUACUUUGAGAAGCAAUUGGACCGCACUUUUGUGCAAAGCCUGACCUUGCCGCAAGAACAUCUGUGGCAGGCCAAGGGGAUCUUAUUUAGCCAGAUGAAGAGUGAGGUCGAGAGAUAUAUCAAAGAAUAUGGGCAAGAGAACCCGCCGCCCCCGGCGCAGUUGUUCACCAUCAAGGAUGAACCUGGCGAGGGCAAUGUUCACCUCGUCCAGAAGACCUUCCAAGGCCCAUUCGAGUUCGAUGUUCUGUUCUCCUCUGGAUCUGCCUCGGAGCCAUUGACGUCGGAGAUUCUCACCAAGGAAGUUGAAUCGAACUCGCUGUUGUUCUCUGAGACGUUCGAUCGAGUUCUCCCCCCGCAGGCGCCGUUCAACUCGGAGAAGUAUUCCAAGUUUUCCAAAGCGAUGCUUUCUAACCUAAUUGGUGGUAUUGGGUUCUUCCACGGAGACGAUGUCGUGGAUCGCUCGGCCUCUCCAGCGUAUGAAGAAGAGAGUGAAGGGUUCUGGGAAGAGACCGCCGAGGCCAGGGCGGCUGUCGAGCCUGUCCUUGGGGAUGCCAAAGAUCUUUUCACUUGCGUUCCUUCCCGGCCAUUCUUCCCCCGAGGCUUCCUUUGGGAUGAGGGUUUCCACCUGAUGCCUGUGAUCGAAUAUGACACUGACCUUGCACUGGAAAUCAUCAAGAGCUGGUUCCAUUUGAUGGAUGAGGAUGGCUGGAUUGCCCGCGAGCAGAUCUUGGGUGUCGAAGCUCGCAGCAAAGUGCCGCCUGAGUUUACCAUUCAGUAUCCCCACUAUGCCAACCCGCCUACCCUGUUCAUGGCACUUGAGAAGUUUAUGGACAAGGUGAAGAGCAACAAGAGCGUCCCGUCCAAAUCGCUAGACAAUGACGAUAUGAUCGAGAGCCUGCGUUCUGCCACUGUCCGACACCCAGAACUGUCCGAAGCUUACCUCCGGUCGUUCUACCCUCUGCUAAAGAGGCACUACUUCUGGUACAGAAACACCCAACGCGGAGACAUCAAGUCGUAUGACCGAGAGGCAUUCUCGACCAAGGAGGCCUACCGCUGGCGCGGCCGCUCGGUGCAGCAUAUCCUCACUUCUGGCAUCGACGACUACCCCCGAGCCCAGCCACCUCACCCGGGUGAGCUGCACGUGGAUCUGAUUAGCUGGAUGGGCAUGAUGACCCGCACGCUUCGUCGCAUUGCCGAGACUCUGGGUGAGAAAGAUGACGUCGAGGAGUUUGCUUACUAUGAAAACGCCAUCACGCGCAACAUUGACGACUUGCACUGGGAUGACAAGGAGCAAACUUACUGCGACGCGACCAUCGACGCCUUUGAAGAAGACGUCCAUGUGUGCCACAAGGGUUAUAUCUCUAUCUUCCCUUUCAUCACUGGCAUGCUGCCCCCCGACAGCCCUCGAAUUAAACCCAUUUUGGACUUGAUCGGCGACCCCGAAGAGCUGUGGAGUGACUACGGCAUCCGAAGCUUGAGCAAAAAAGACAAGUUCUAUGGCACCGAUGAGAACUACUGGAGAAGCCCUAUUUGGAUGAACAUCAACUACCUGGUGUUGAAGAGCCUUUAUGACACUGCGACGGUUUCUGGUUCUCACCAGGAGCAGGCCCGGGAGAUGUACUCUCAGCUGCGGAAGAACUUGGUCGAGAAUGUCUUCCGGGAGUGGAAGAAGACCGGGUUCGCGUGGGAGCAAUACAACCCCGAGACCGGCAAUGGCCAGCGGACGCAGCACUUUACCGGCUGGACCAGUAUGGUGGUGAACAUGAUGUCCAUGCCGGAUCUGCCUGCUGCGAAGACAGCGCACGACGAGCUGUAG